ACAAAGCGGACAAAAUGAAACGCUUGACAAUAAUAUUUGCCUUUAUUGUCUCUGCAUCUGCGGUCUUUGAACGACCCGAUUGGUAUCCUGAAAAUGGUGUUGAAAUCGAAGCCCAAUGCAGUGCAAAACUUGCUGAUGAUGAUAUAAUUUUGAAUAAGCUACGAAAAUUGGAAAUCGAGGAUAAUGAAAAAACUCGAGAUCUUAUAUUGUGCUGUUUGAAGAACACCAAUGUUUAUAGGGAAGAUCAUGGCCCUGAAGCAGACCGUAUUGCUGUUGCAUUCGAGCAAAGUCUAAAACUUCAUUGUGAACCCGAAUUAAUUCAGGAAUGUUCACAGAAGUUUAAAGAGGAAAACCCUGAGAGUUACGAAUUUUUCAGAAUUAUCAAAUGCAUCUACGAUGAAGCUCCACAGAAAUGUAAGCCAUGAA